GAGAGAUUUUGUUUUCUAUUCCUGUGGCUUUAUGGAUAUGAGAAAAGACAUCAAGGUUCUGAGGGCGUGAGAGAUGAAGAUGAUCAUCGGGUGCAAAUGUAUGGUUCUGAUGAAGAGGUCAAAACUCAGAUUCCAACUCAAGCCCAAUCUAUUGUUGAAGGGUCAGGAGCAGUUCUGCUGUCUGAGUACAAGCCUGCCCCUGAUGUGGACUACAUACAGGAGUUACUAGCAAUUCAACAACAAGGCCCAAGGGCUAUUGGGUUCUUUGGGACAAGAAAUAUGGGAUUCAUGCAUCAGGAACUUAUUGAAAUUCUCAGCUAUGCUUUGGUCAUAACGAAGAACCAUAUUUUCACAUCUGGAGCAUCUGGAACUAAUGCUGCUGUUAUUAGAGGUGCUCUUCGUGCUGAAAAACCAGAGCUUCUCACUGUUAUAUUGCCUCAAAGUUUGAAAAAGCAACCUCCUGAGAGUCAGGAGUUAUUGGCUAAAGUUCAAAAUGUAAUAGAGAAGCCUGAUAAUGAUCAUCUUCCACUUAUAGAAGUCAGCAGGCUGUGUAACAUGGAUAUUAUUUCACAAGUACAGCAAGUUAUUUGGGGGCGGAGAAAUGUUCUGCAACAUGCAUUUUCAUGUUUCCUUUUUCAGCUGCUGUUUGGACUCGUGUCCAAGGAAAUGUAUGAAUUGCAAGAAAGCUGAAGGGUAGUCUGGGGCAUUGAUUGGCAGGUAACUCACUGUGCUCGGAAUAACUUUUGUCUCCUGUGUGUUAAAGUGUGGUUGUUGCUGCCACAACCUGCUUACUCUGGAGAUGCAGAAAUCAAAAGCUAUUCCUGAAGAGUAUAAUGCCAACAUCAUCAGAGAUGUCUGAAGCAUUGCUUUGGAUCCGCGUCCAGUUGCUAGAUUGAGGCAAAACCGAAUCCAGUAGCUAGACUGAGGCAAAACCGAAUCCAGUAGCUAGACUGAGGCAAAAUCCAGAGCUGCUUUUAGAAUUACCAGUUUUCUU